AUGACCAAGAAAAAAAUUGCUGUGAUUGGGAGUGAAAUCUGUGGGCUCUCUUCUCUCAAGUGCUGCCUGGAUGAAGACUUGAAAUCGGUUUGCUUUGAAAGGACUGAUGACAUUGGAGGACUUUGUAGGUAUCAGGAAUAUCCUGAAGAAGGGAGAGUCAGUAUUUACAAAUUGGUGAUAAUCAAUACUUCUAAGGAGAUGAUGUGCUUCAGUGACUACAUCAUCCCAGACCAUUACCUUAACUUCAUGCACAAUUCCCAGGUCCUUGAGUAUUUCAGAAUGUAUGCCAAAAACUUCAACCUUUUAAAGUAUAUCCAGUCCAAGACCACUGUGUACAGUGUGAAGAAGAGGCCUAAUUUCUCUAGUUCAGGCCAAUGGGAGGUGGUCACUGAGUGUGAAGGGAAAAAGAAAGUUAAUGUCUUUGAUGGAGUCGUGCAUUGCACUGGUCAUCACACUAAUGCUAACUUAUCCCUGGAAAGCUUUCCAGGAAUUGAGAAGUUCAAAGGACAGUACUUCCAUAGGCAAGACUAUAAAAACCCAGAGGCAUUGGCUGGAAAAAGAGUCUUUAUAAUUGUUGGGAAUUCUGGAGGAGAUCUGGCUGUAGAGAUUAGCUACACAGCCAAGCAGGUAUUCCUCAGCACCAGGAGUGGGGCAUGGAUCCUGAUUCAUGUAGGGGACCAUGGAUAUCCUUUUGAUGUGGUACACUUUUCUCAACUUAAACAUCUUAUAUCAAAGAUAUGUGGCCAAGCAUUAACAAAUACAUUUUGA